AGGACAUGCAGCCUUCAGAACGCCAUGAGAGCCUUCCAUCGCCUGCUGCGUCUGGGCAUGCAUCCUCAUCUCGUCAAGUCCAGGAGGCUGGGAAAAAGGAAUGGUGCCGGCAUCCCGCCCGAUAACACCCGUGAACCGCAAAACCAGCUGUUCCAACACCUGCAGCUCGCAGGACCAAGCGUCUCAUAUUCAAAGGCCACGUCCGGUCUCCUUAGUCGAGACAUUCGCUCUUUUUUCAUGCGCGAUACAUCGCCAUGUCCGAUUCCGCGGCUUCCACCGACGGCGUAGCCCAACACGUCGGCAAUGUGGACAGUCUAAAGCUGGCUCUCGGCCUAUGUCUUUGCUAUACGCUGUGCUUUGCCUCCCUCCGGGUAUAUGUUCGUUGGCGCGCCUAUGGAGCUGACGACCUCGUCGUUCUGCUCUCUACGACUCUGGCUAUUGCUUUCUUCGGCUGCAGCUACGCCUCGUCAGGGGCGGGCCUAGGCCAUCCGACCGAGCAUCUUCGCAACGAGUCUCGGUCUACGCUCGACAAGCUAAACAGCGCUACUUUGGCCGCCAACAUCACUUGGAUUAUAUCGCUAUGUCUUUCCAAAGCUGCUGUCGUAACGAUUUUAAUGCGUACGAGCCAGACACCGUCGCAUAGAAGGUUCCAAUAUGCGGCGCUGGGUCUAGUUGCGUCCCAGUGCAUCGCUUCCAUUGCCCUCAUCACAGCCGCUUGCAGCGUUGGCGAUGGCCUUUCGUGGGACUUUAAAUCAAACGCCAGGCAAUGUCCGAAACAAGGCGUUCGAUGGCAAGUUAUUACCGGCCUGGACGUAGCGACGGAAGCUAUCCUCCUCUUCUUGCCCGUCCAUCUGACAUGGAAUCUCCAAAUGUCGCUGAAAACCAAAGCCAUUGUGGUAACCGCAUUCUGGCUCAGAAUACCCACCAUCAUCUUCACCGUCUUCCGCAACACUAUGACUGACGACCUCACUAAAACCUCCGACGCCCUGGCGGACGGUGCGCUGGUCGUCAUAUGGCAGGCCGUCGAGCUCUCCUACUCCCUCGCCGCCGUCACCAUCGCAGCGCUCAAAAGCUUCACCGAGAACCUCAACACUGGGUUCGGGCACGGAGAACUCGUCCGCGUCCACGGCACUUCAAACGCCUACAAGAUGUCGGACCUCAGCACGAAUAUGAAGAACUCUAGGGCUAAGUUUCCAUCCACAACAGUCGCCUCUACCGACACUCCGAGGUCGGGCUUUCAUUCGGCGGCGAAGCCUAGCCUUGAUGCCGCUAACCGAGACUUGAAGCUCAGGCCGGAGAGUCUGCAGAACCUUGCUACGAUAUCUUCGCCAGCGCAGGAGUCAGCGCCGUACUCCUUUAUCGGAACGAGGAAGGGCAACGGGUCUAUAGACACCGGCGGCUCGGAAGAGCACAUCAUCAUGCAGGAGAUUCAGUAUUCGGUCCAUUACGACCAGGCUCCACUCUACCAGCGGCAUUAAUGCGUUCGAUAAGGUCCUUUUCGGCGAUGUGAAACGGUCCGGCGGGUGUAAUAUUGGCUCACGUACGAUGGUACGAUUCAAACGCGUUUGUUUUCAUGUCUGCUAUGAUUUUCAAGGCAACGGUGUUCUACGGUCGGCUUUCAUUCCUCGUUCUCUUCAUUCUGAGCCCAUUAGAGUACAAAAAAGCUUUCCGGUCAGUCCAUCGUCCAAGCGGGGACUCCUCAACGAAGAGAAGGGUUAGCAGCCAGGGGUCGACUGCGAACCUCCCCGCAUAUCCUACGCCUAGUCCUAGUGCAACGUUUGACGGAACCUCGUGCCGGACGCAAACGACAGACCACCGAAAGAGCUGUGUUCAUGAGCUAUUAAUCUGAGCCUAC